CUCCUGCUACCCAUCCCUGGAUUUUAAUUCACCUGCUUUAAUUCACCAUGGAGACUAUAACAUGUAAUGGAUCAGUGGACUCCUUGCCUAUUUUCUACCUCCUGGGCAUCCCCUCUCUGCCAAAAUCCCUCUUCCUUCCUAUCUUCUUUGUCUUUCUUCUCCUCUAUCUGCUCGUCCUGGUGGGUAAUGCUCUGAUCUUAGUGGCCGUGGUAGCAGAGCCCAGCCUCCACAAGCCCAUGUACUUCUUCCUAAUUAACCUCUCCACCCUGGACAUCCUUUUCACCACAACCACUGUCCCCAAGAUGUUGUCCCUGCUCCUACUUGGGGACCACUUCCUCAGCUUCUCUGCCUGCUUCCUGCAGAUGUACCUCUUCCACAGCUUCUCCUGCUCAGAAGCCUUCAUCCUGGUGGUCAUGGCCUAUGACCGCUAUGUGGCUAUCUGCCGCCCACUGCACUACCCUGUCCACAUGACCCCACAGACCAACGCUGCACUGGCAGCCAGUGCCUGGCUCACUGCUCUCCUCCUGCCCAUCCCAGCAGUUGUACAGACCUCUCAGAUGGAUUUUGACAACAUUGCCCACAUCUACCACUGCUUCUGUGACCACCUGGCUGUGGUCCAGGCCUCUUGCUCUGAUACCACCUCCCAGACCUUCAUAGGCUUCUGCAUCGCCAUGGUGGUGUCAUUCCUGCCCCUUCUGCUGGUGCUUCUCUCCUAUGCCCACAUCCUGGCCUCAGUACUUCACAUCAACUCCCAUGAAGGACGCUCAAAAGCCUUUUCCACCUGCAGCUCCCACCUCCUAGUGGUUGGCACCUACUACUCAUCUGUUGCCAUAGCCUACAUGGCCUACAGAGCUGAACUGCCCCUCGACUUCCACAUCAUGGGCAACAUGGUGUAUGCUAUUCUUACACCUGUCCUCAAUCCUCUCAUUUACACCCUGCGGAACAAGGAUGUUAAAGCAGCCAUCACCAAAAUGGCAUACGCCCAGGACUCAAAUCAUCCUGGGAAACCCUGAUUCGUAGGUGUAACUUGAUCUGCUCACAGACACCAAUAAUAAUAGAAGGAAAUGUGGAAAAUUCAGGCAGCUAGGUAAUUACAAGGAAACCCUGGUGGCAUAGUGGUUAAGAGUCAUGGCUGCUAACCGAAAGGUUGGCAGUUCGAAUUCACCAGGUGCUCCUUGGAAACCAUCUGGGGCAGUUCUACUCUAUCCUUUAGGGUCGCUAUGAGUCAGCAUCGACUCGAUGGCAACAGGUUUGGUUUUUUGGUUUUUAGGUUGUUACAUUUCUAUUAAUUCAAAAUAAUUUUGAUUCUCAGAGAUUCCAAGUACUUCACUAGCAAGAAAUUCAGUCUUUUUCUCUUGGGUCUCUUAAACACUUUUGAAAAUCUCCAAGAUUGCUGACAUAAUUGUGAAUCAGCUUUGUCCUUUUUGGUGCCUAUUGGUGGACUGGAAGCUUAGAAACACCCCUCAAGGAAAAAGUCUGAAACUGGUA